AUGGCGCAGAUUCAGGUUCAGCAGGCCGUUCCGGCACCUUCGAACGGCGUCAUUGCCACUCCGAACGCGAACCAGUUUGUUACGACGUCGUUGUACGUUGGUGACCUAGAACUGAAUGUCAGCGAUUCGCAACUCUACGAUCUGUUUAAUCAGGUUGGACAAGUUGUUUCUGUCAGGGUUUGUAGGGAUUUGACGACUCGUCGUUCACUCGGUUAUGGUUAUGUUAAUUUCAAUAACCCUCAGGAUGCCGCUAGGGCAUUGGAUGUGCUGAAUUUUACUCCACUGAACAACAAAUCUAUUAGGGUUAUGUAUUCUCACCGUGAUCCUAGUAUUCGGAAGAGUGGCACUGCUAAUAUUUUUAUCAAGAAUUUGGACAAGACAAUUGAUCACAAAGCUUUGCACGAUACUUUUUCUACUUUUGGACAUAUUCUGUCUUGCAAAAUAGCUACUGAUGGUUCUGGCCAGUCUAAAGGUUAUGGUUUUGUCCAAUUCGAGAAUUCUGAGUCGGCUCAGAAUGCAAUUGAUAAGUUAAAUGGAAUGCUGAUCAAUGAUAAGCAGGUGUAUGUGGGUCAUUUCCUACGUAAGCAGGAUAGAGAUAAUGUUCUUAGCAAGACAAGAUUUAACAAUGUCUAUGUGAAGAACCUAUCCGAAUCAUUUUCUGAAGAAGACUUGAGGGUUACAUUUGGUGAAUAUGGGACAAUUACUAGUGCUGUUUUGAUGAGAGAUGCAGAUGGUAGGUCGAAGUGUUUUGGUUUUGUAAAUUUUGAAAGUCCAGAUGAUGCUGCUAAAGCUGUUGAGGCUUUGAAUGGAAAGAAAGUUGAUGACAAGGAGUGGUACGUGGGAAAAGCCCAGAAAAAAUCUGAACGGGAGCUUGAGCUGAAAGGACGAUUUGAGCAAACUGUCAAAGAAUCUGUAGACAAAUAUCAGGGUGUGAACUUGUAUCUCAAGAACUUGGAUGAUUCUAUUAGUGAUGAAAAACUCAAAGAAAUUUUCUCCGAGUUUGGCACAAUUACCUCAUACAAGAUCAUGCGAGACCCGAAUGGAGUCAGCAGAGGUUCUGGAUUUGUUGCAUUUUCAACUCCGGAGGAAGCAUCAAGAGCUCUUGGUGAGAUGAAUGGUAAAAUGAUUGUUACCAAACCUCUUUAUGUUGCUGUGGCACAGAGAAAGGAGGAUAGAAGAGCUAGGUUACAGGCUCAAUUUUCACAAAUGAGGCCAGUUGCAAUUACUCCUUCUGUUGCACCCCGAAUGCCGCUCUACCCUCCUGGUGCUCCAGGUCUUGGACAACAGUUUAUGUAUGGUCAAGGACCACCAGCAAUGAUGCCCCCACAAGCUGGAUUUGGAUAUCAGCAGCAGCUUGUUCCUGGAAUGAGGCCUGGUGGUGGUCCUAUGCCGAGCUACUUUGUUCCUAUGGUUCAGCAGGGACAACAAGGUCAGCGCCCUGGUGGACGUCGUGGUGGCGGUCCUGUUCAACAAUCGCAGCAGCCAGUGCCAAUGAUUCAGCAACAGAUGCUUCCAAGGCAACGUGUUUAUCGCUAUCCUUCUGGCCGCAACAAUGUUCAAGAUGCCCCUGUGCAAAACAUUGCUGGAGGAAUGAUGUCCUAUGACAUGGGGGGUCUGCCACUCCGUGAUGUACCACCUAUGCCCAUUCAUGCUUUGGCUACGGCUCUUGCGAAUGCUCCCCCUGAACAGCAGAGGACGAUGCUUGGAGAGGCUUUGUAUCCCCUGGUAGACCAGUUGGAACAUGAUUCAGCAGCCAAGGUGACAGGCAUGCUUUUGGAGAUGGACCAGCCUGAAGUAUUGCAUCUGAUUGAAUCACCCGAUGCUCUCAAGGCUAAAGUUGCUGAAGCCAUGGAUGUGCUGAGAAAUGUUUCUCAACAAGGCAACAGCCCGGCGGAUCAACUAGCUUCACUUUCCCUCAACGACAAUCUUGUAUCUUAG